AUGGAUUCGUCGUCCAAACCAGAUCGAUUCUUGGCUCACGAUCUCUGGUACUCAUCGGUGCUCGAAGAAGCUACGGACGGCGAGCACGCCGACCGUUUGCUGUACACUUACUUGCAUGUCUCUCAAGGGUUCGCCGCGCGCCUCACCGAGGAAGAGGUGGCGAAGGUGCGAACGGCUCACGGAUGCCUCGGAGCCUUCGAGGACUCCGUGUACCACCUCCACACCACGUACACUCCCAGGUUCAUGGGCUUGAAUCCCUGGCAAGGCCUGUGGCAUGACUCUCACUUCGCGGACGGGAUCAUCAUCGGGGUACUGGACUCCGGCGUGUGGCCGGAGAGCGCCAGCUUUAACGACGUUGGCUUGGGCCCCGUUCCGGCCAAAUGGCGCGGGAGGUGCCAGACGGGGCCGGACUUCAAUUCGUCGAACUGCAACAGAAAGCUGAUUGGUGCGAGUUUUUUCGGCUCUGGGCACGAUGCCGCAGCUUCCGCCGGCGAAGGAAGCGAGCUGCCGUUGAACCGAAUCGGCAGCGCUGCGGACGUCUCCUCCCCAAGAGACACCGCCGGGCACGGGACGCACACGGCUUCUACUGCCGGGGGCGCGCUCGUCGCCGAUGCUUCCUUCCUUGGCUACGCCAGAGGCGACGCCCAGGGGCUGGCCAGCCGAGCUCGCGUCGCCGUCUACAAGGUGUGCUGGUCCCGCGGCUGCUAUGCCACCGACAUCCUCAAGGCCAUGGACACCGCCGUCAAGGACCAAGUAGACGUCCUGUCUCUGUCCAUUGGGAGCAACGGCGUUCCGCCAUUUUACAUGGACCCCAUAGCUAAGGGCGCCUUCCAGGCAAUGCAGAAGGGUGUGUUCGUGUCGUGCUCGGCGGGAAACAGUGGGCCGACUCCCUCGACGGUUGUCAACGCAGCCCCGUGGAUCGCCACCGUCGGAGCCAGCACCAUUGACCGCGACUUCCCGGCAAUGGCGGUUUUAGGUGACGGAACUCUGGUUCGAGGCGCCUCCCUCUACCAGCAGACCCUGCAAGCAGGCGGGCACAAGGGCAGGAGCAGAAAAAGAAAGAAUCCUCCCGGUGCAAGUUCUGCCGCUAUGCUGCCCAUGGUGUUUGGGAGGAGCGAGGAAGCUCGGUCCUGCUUCAAGGCGGAACUCGACCCUAAGCUGGUGAAAGGGAAGGUGGUGGUAUGCGAGCGAGGAAUGACGGGGCGUGUCGAAAAGGGAAUGGCUGUCAAAGAAGCCGGCGGGGCGGCCAUGAUACUGUUGAACCAAGCCAGCAACGGCGAAGAACUCAUCGCAGAUGCUCAUGUCUUGCCGGCGUUGCUCGUGGGAGCCAAAGCGGCUGCGACCAUCAAGGCCUACUUGAACUCGGCCAAGAACCCGACCGCGUACGUCCAGGUCUUCGGCACCACCCUUAUCGGAGAUCGGUCGGAGAAGGCUCCUUCCGUCGCAGCGUUCUCCUCAAGAGGACCCAACGCGGAGGCCCCUCAAAUCCUGAAGCCCGACGUGGUGGCUCCGGGGGUCAAUGUUUUGGCCUCCUGGUCCCGCGCCGUCGGCUUCUCCGGCGAAGGCGACCCUCGACGGGGAGACUUCAACAUCAUCUCCGGCACCUCCAUGUCCUGCCCUCACGUCAGCGGCUUGGUAGCAUUGAUCAAAGCGAUCCACCCGGACUGGAGCGUAUCAGCGAUCAAGUCGGCGCUCAUGACCACCGCAUUCCAGGCGGACAACAAUCACCCGGGAGAGCCCAUCAGAGACACGGUGGACGAGAGCGUCGCCACGCCUUUCGCCAUGGGCGCAGGCCAUAUCUCUCCGAACAAAGCGGUUGAUCCUGGGCUGGUCUACGACGCCGACACAUCCGACUACACCAAGUUCAUCUGCUCCAUCAAGUACACGGACCAGCAGAUAUCACUCUUGCUCGGAUCCAACGCCACCGGCGGAUGCUCCACCAUCGGCUCCUUCUCCUCGCCAACCGAUCUGAACUACCCCUCCAUAUCUUUUGUGAUCGGCGACAACAGCACGGGUGGUGCUGGUGCUAACGGAACAAUGGUGAUGGCGACACAGAGAACAGUGACCAACGUCGGCAGAGGCAAAGGCCCAUGGUAUUAUACUGUGACCGUCAACAGCCCGCCACACGUACAGAUCGGGGUCAGUCCAACCCAGCUGCAGUUCCUCCAAGUUAAUGAGAAGGCCACCUUCAGAAUCACCAUUGAAGCCUCCACCCAGCUAGGGGAACGCAGAGGCCGCCAGGAAUUUGGUUCAAUCACCUGGUCCAGUAUGGGCACGCCGGAUGCUUACGUAGUAAGAAGCCCCGUGGCCGUGACAUGGAAGUAG